GGGUCACCCAGAAGAAAUGUACAACCUUUUCAAAUUUAAAAUGGGAGGGUGCCACACAGUCAUGCCGAAAUUAGAUUAUACAGCUGUUAUCAAAUUAUGUGACUGAAAUCAUGAUUUAGGAGUGGCAGCUUCUUUCUACCUAGAAGCAUCUUUCCUCUCAUAAGGAUGGAAACAUGAUUCAUAAAGUGUCAUAACAUUUUUACAUAACAUAACAGUUAAGUACAGGUAGGGCUCUUCCAUGAAUCCAUCAUUCAAAGGGGAUGUCUUUAAUUGAAACACACUGUAACACUCAUUAAUAAAUAUGGGAUACACAAUGUUGUUUUCUGGAGCAUUUCCUCUUUUAAGUUUCAAUAUCAGGCUUGCAGGCUUCUUCCCUCUUAAAGCCUUCUUGCCAUUGUGUGACACUCUGAACUGAUCUGAAAAGCUUCUGCAUCUACCUGCAGCAAAGUGAUUGUAUUAAUAACAUCUUCAAGAUCUAUUGGAGCUGUAGCAGAAGCAAAACUAAAGAGUAGAACAAACUAAAUCAAAACUCCAUAUACUUCUGUUUUGUUGAUACAUUUCCCAGCACACACUGUACUCACAAGUUCACAUUUUUUUCUGAUUGUAUAACUGCAGCAAUUUUAUUCUUUUCUCAAAGACCUUGAUAAAUGUGGCCCUUUAAGAGACUUGUUAUUGGGAGAUAAGCAGAAGGCCACAGGGCAGAACCAGGCCACAGCCUAUAAAAAUAAUACCAGGCAGGAGUUUCUGUAUGUGAUACUGCAGGUGCUGAUAAAGGAAAAGGGAACUUGUGGUGAUUAGUGCUUUUCUGUUACAGCCUAAAAUGUUAGGAUUAUAAUUGUGCCUACUUUGCUCUACACAAGAGAAUAAAGAUGUGUGUGUGUCAGUUCAAAUUAAGAUAGAGGCAGAGUUCAAAUGAACACACAACCAUGGAGUUUUUGGGAAUCCUGUCUCCCAGUGGUCUUUAGAAGAGACAGACAAUUCCUGUCAACUGCAAUUCCAGCAACAAGGAAACCAUGCAGAUAAAGGAUGGGGCCAGCUGAACAGUCUUCAUUUCAAGCUAUUAACAUUUAGUAUGUUAAUUUUACUAUGGAAUAAUAUGUUCACUAAAUGUGUUUCUUUCAAGAAAGAAAAUAAGGCUAUUAUUUUCAUAUUGUGGUGUUUGCAUUACCCUUGCUUCUGGGUUUUAAUUGUUGGCUUAUUCCUAACCAGUUUAUAAGCUUUACUUCUUGAUGUACUCAAUGCAAAAAUAAACAAGCAAGAAAGACCACCCAAGGCUGGUACAGUAUGCCAAACGCAGAUCAUUUAUCCCUGAGCUAGUAGUCGCUGUAUCUAGGUGUUGUCCUCCCUCCCAGCAGUUUUUGUGCUGCAGUCAUUAACACAUUGCUUUUGGGCUGUGUUUUGUUUGUGGGGGGGUUUAUUGGGAAAAGUGUAUGUAAAGGAAAAGCAUUCUAGUUUGAAUGCUUUUGUGUUCAUUUUAGGCGCUGGCUCUUCACAGACAGGCUACUCUGGAUUUAAGCCUGACUGAAGCAGACAACUAAAAACUAAAACUGAAUUUGUGGAAGUCAGCAGUGUGUUUCUGUGACUGGCCAGCUGAAGGGGUGUGGUGUGGAGAGCUGUAGUUUGGGGUUUUGUGACGAUUGAGGGGGAGGUGUAUUCACAGCCAUGAUGAGUGCUCUUACGCGCAAAACAACAUAAACAUUGGUUAGACAAGCGACCCAGUAUGACUGCAAUGGAGAAAUUGCUAACAGACUUAUGAUACUGCAGGGGAACCCUCAUGGCCGGUCCCAGCUGCAAAAGCGCCGUGUCAUUCUUGCUGUUCAAACGAACACUGUUGGUGUCGCCUCGUAGCGAGGCUGCUGCCGCACGGUUUGUGUUCUCAGGUGGAAGGUUAACAGAGAGGGGGGCCCUGAAAGGCAAAAGGGCUGCCCGACCUGCACCGCUGCAAGUGGCUGGCUGUUAUCGACACCCCGUCUUUUUGUGUUUCUCAUGCCAGGAGUCGAUGAGUGAAAGUCUACGGACCUGCUACGGCUACCUGAACCAGACGAGUCGUAGCUUCGCCGCCGUCAUACAGGCAUUGGACGGAGAACUACGCCAUGCGGUGUGUAUCUUCUACCUGGUGCUUCGCGCUCUGGACACAGUGGAAGAUGACAUGAGCAUCCCCCUGGAUAAGAAGGUCCCCAUGCUGCACAACUUCAACAGCUACCUGUUCCAGCCAGACUGGAGCUUCAGUGAGAGCCAGGAGAAAGACCGUCAGGUUCUGGAGGACUUCCCCACGAUAUCCUUGGAAUUCCAGAACCUGGGGAAGGAUUACCAGGAUGUGAUUUCGGAUAUCUGUCACCGCAUGGGGGUCGGCAUGGCAGAAUUCCUAGAGAAAAAAGUGGUUUCUAUGCAGGAAUGGGACAAGUACUGUCACUACGUGGCUGGCCUGGUGGGGAUCGGCCUGUCCCGUCUCUUCUCUGCCUCCCAGCUGGAGGACCCUGAGGUGGGGCGAGAUACUGAGCUUGCCAACUCAAUGGGACUGUUUCUGCAGAAAACCAACAUCAUCCGAGACUACCUGGAGGACCAGAAAGAGGGCAGGGAGUUCUGGCCUCGAGAGGCAUGGAGUCAAUUUACAGCGAGGCUGUGUGACUUUGCUCAGCCUCAGCAACUGGACUCUGCUCUCUGCUGCCUCAAUCUGCUGGUGACCGAUGCACUGAGGCAUGUACCCGACGUCCUGACGUACCUGUCCCGCCUACGCAACCAGAGUGUUUUCAACUUCUGUGCCAUCCCACAAGUGAUGGCUAUAGCCACGCUGUCGGCCUGCUAUAAUAACCCCCUGGUGUUCCAGGGUGUGGUGAAGAUCCGGAAGGGUCAGGCUGUCACACUCAUGAUGGAAGCAACAAACAUGGUAGCAGUGUGUGCCAUCAUCUCCCAGUACAACCAGGAGAUUGUGCAGAAGAUUUCUCCCACAGACCCAUCGCGGGAAAAGACCCUGAAAAUCCUGGCAUUGAUACACAAGCAGAGCCUGUCCUGGGAGCGGCUGCCGUCCCGCACCUCUCGCCUUUCCCCUGUCUACCUCUCAGCUGCCUUGCUGCUGGCUGCUCUCAGCUGGCAGUACCUCAGCACAGCCAUGGGGCAGAGUGCCAAUGUCAGUGAUGUGCAGGGGCACUGAGGGAGUGUUUCAGACACACGAUAAAUGACCAGGGUCGUGAGACUUUUGUUACAAGUGAAAUAUGCAUCUGCAUGUCUAGCUCUGAUCAAUCACAUAUUUUGGUUUAUUCCUAUUUGAUGUAUAUAUGAAAAUUGGGCUCCUUUUUUGUGCGUGCUUUAGUUUUUGUUCAAACUAAUAUAGCACUGGUUGUGAUGCUGCCUACUCUGCAAGAACACUGCAUCUUCAGGUGGCUGUUUUAGACCGGGGAAAGAAUUAUGUAUUUUUAUACAGAAUAUCUGAGAGGAUUAUGUAAAAUGUUUUUUCUAUUU